AUGGCUGCUUCCAUAGUUCAAACGACAGCGGAGCCUGUCAUCCACUUGAAGGCCGAGCCCGAGGUCAAGAAACAAGACCUUACUUAUGGCUUCAUAAGGGAUAAGGUCCCAGCUCAUUGCUUUGAGCGAUCAGCUCUCAAGGGACUUUCUUAUCUAUUCCGUGACAUUGUCUAUGCAUCUGUUCUGGUGUAUCUGGCUUUGAAGAUUGAUCUUCUCCCAACUCCAUUCCUCCGAGCCUCUGCCUGGAUUCUCUAUGGAUUUGUCCAGGGCUGCGUUGGCACCGGACUAUGGAUCAUUGGCCACGAAUGUGGUCACGGUGCUUUCUCUGAAUCCACCGCAUUGAACGAUUUCCUCGGUUGGGCCGUGCAUUCGGCCUUGAUGGUGCCGUUUUUCUCAUGGAAGAUCACCCAUGCCAGACACCACCGUUAUCAUGGACACAUUGACAAGGAUACCGUCUUUGUCCCUCCCACCGAAACUGAGGUUGAAAACCAAAAGCCAACUAUGUUCAGCAAAUUCAUUGAGUUGGUCGAGGAGACUCCUCUGUACCAUGCUAUUACUUUAACCGGCCACCAGCUUUUCGGAUGGCAGAUGUACCUCAUGUUUAACGUCAGCGCCGGAAACAAGAGCUUGCCUGAUAAGGGAACAUCCGGAGUCCAAAAGUUCAGAAACAGUCAUCUCGACCCCCUUGGCUCCCUUUUCACCAACUCGCAGACCCACCUGAUUGCCAUGACUGAUAUGGGUCUUCUUAUUGUCGCUGCUGGACUUUACUACCUGGGUACUCAGAUUGGUGCCUGGAAGGUUGCUCUGCUUUACGCUGUGCCCUAUUUCUGGGUUCACCACUGGCUCGUUGCUAUCACUUACCUGCACCACACUCACCCUGAUGUCCCUCGCCAUGACGAUAAGUCAUGGACUUUCGUCAAGGGUGCCCUGGGCACUGUUGACCGACGAUUUGGUUUCAUUGGACGUCAUCUCUUCCACGAGAUCAUCGACUACCAUGUCAUCCACCAUCUCUUCCCCAGAAUUCCAUUCUACCAUGCUGAAGAGGCCACCAACGCCAUUGUGCCUUAUCUCGGAAAGCAGUACCAUCUUGAAGAAGGCUUGUUCUUGAAGGAUCUGGUUGAUACCUUCACUACCUGCAAGGUUGUUCACAACCCCGACUCCGAGGGAGCUUUGCAUUGGAAGCCCUCGGACAAGGCUGGAAAGAAGCUUAACUAG